AUGAAAAAAUUGGAGAAUUCUCCAGCAAUUCUUCAGAAUUUUCUCCAGCGUUCUCCAGCAAUUUUCUCCAGAAUUCUCCAGCAAAAUUGCUGGAGAAUUCUGGAGAAAAUUGCUGGAGAAUUCUGGAGAAAUUUGCUGGAGAACGCUGGAGAAUUCUGGAGAAUUCUGGAGAAAUUUGCUGGAGAACGCUGGAGAAUUCUGGAGAAAUUUGCUGGAGAACGCUGGAGAAUUCUGGAUAAAUUUGCUGGAGAAUUCUGGAGAAAUUUGCUGGAGAAUUCUGGAGAAAUUUGCUGGAGAACGCUGGAGAAUUCUGGAGAAAUUUGCUGGAGAACGCUGGAGAAUUCUGGAGAAAUUUGCUGGAGAAUUCUGGAGAAAUUUGCUGAAGAAUUCUGGAGAAAUUUGCUGGAGAACGCUGGAGAAUUCUGGAGAAAAUUGCUGGAGAACGCUGGAGAAUUCUGGAGAAAAUUGCUGGAGAACGCUGGAGAAUUCUGGAGAAAAUUGCUGGAGAACGCUGGAGAAUUCUGGAGAAAUUUGCUGGAGAAUUCUGGAGAAAAUUGCUGGAGAACGCUGGAGAAUUCUGGAGAAAAUUGCUGGAGAACGCUGGAGAAUUCUGGAGAAAAUUGCUGGAGAACGCUGGAGAAUUCUGGAGAAAAUUGCUGGAGAACGCUGGAGAAUUCUGGAGAAAAUUGCUGGAGAACGCUGGAGAAUUCUGGAGAAAUUUGCUGGAGAAUUCUGGAGAAAAUUGCUGGAGAACGCUGGAGAAAUUUGCUGGAAAAUUCUGGAGAAAUUUGCUGGAGAACGCUGGAGAAUUCUGGAGAAAUUUGCUGGAGAAUUCUGGAGAAAAUUGCUGGAGAAUUCUGGAGAACGCUGGAGAAUUCUGGAGAAAUUUGCUGGAGAAUUCUGGAGAAAUUUGCUGGAGAAUUCUGGAGAAAAUUGCUGGAGAACGCUGGAGAAUUCUGGAGAAAAUUGCUGGAGAACGCUGGAGAAUUCUGGAGAAAAUUGCUGGAGAACGCUGGAGAAUUCUGGAGAAAAUUGCUGGAGAACGCUGGAGAAUUCUGGAGAAAUUUGCUGGAGAAUUCUGGAGAAAAUUGCUGGAGAACGCUGGAGAAUUCUGGAGAAAAUUGCUGGAGAACGCUGGAGAAUUCUGGAGAAAAUUGCUGGAGAAAAUUGCUGGAGAAUUCUGGAGAAAAUUGCUGGAGAACGCUGGAGAUUUCUGGAGUGUGCUGGAAAUUACUUGUUUCCCUCGAAGAAAAUACACACUGGAAGACGGCACAAUAA